AUGGCGCCGUCCAAAAGAGAGACCGUACUGUGUCCUGUAGAGGUCAAUCAGCUGAUCGACGAUGGUCACGCAAUCGUUAUUCUCGAUCGGAAAGUCUUGAAGUUGGAUUCGUGGUUGCAAUAUCAUCCAGGAGGAGAUAAAUGUAUCCUACAUAUGGUUGGUAGAGAUGCAAGCGAUGAAAUCGUUGCAUUCCAUCCUGCCGAUGUGAGGAAGCAAAUGCUUCGCUAUCAGAUUGGUGUUCUUGUAAACCGAUGGGAGAAUGUCCUUCCACCAUUGCAAAGAGGAUAUGGAGAAGAGACCAAGGAAACUGUCGAGAUAGAAAUCGACGACAGCUCCGAGACGGAAUCUCUUAGCAGCUCAGCAAACCUUUCUGAUAUUUUUGACGACGACCUCGUCAGUCCAGCCCUAACUCGCCGCCGGACUCGGAAUGGUUCUAUCUCUUCCCGCUCAUCAGUCUCGGAUGCUGAAAGUACUGCUCCACCGAAGACUGAAAUUCAGAGAGACACCAAGCUUCCCGAGCCGACAUCAGAACCAACCGAAUCCGCUCCGCCAAUGGACCAAGAAAAGCUUGACGCCAUUGCUGAAUCAUUCCGCAAUCUCAUCGUCAAGCUAGAGGAUCGAGGUCUCUACAACUGCAACUACUGGGCCUACAUGAGUGACAUCACGAGACUGACUAUUAUCUUUGCUACCAUGAUUUUCCUUCUCCACAAAGGCUGGUAUGUCACCUCAUCGCUCUUUAUGGGUGGCUUUUGGCAUCAAAUGGUCUUCAUUGCCCACGAUGCUGGUCAUAAAGGUAUCACUCACAACUACCACAUCGACACUCUCAUCGGUAUGACCAUCGGCAAUCACUUGGGUGGUCUAUCAAUGGGUUGGUGGAAACGAUCCCACAACAUCCACCAUAUCGUGACAAACGAUCCAGCUCACGACGAAGGUAUCCAGCAUCUUCCAUUCAUGGCCGUCUCAACCGAGUUCUUCAAAUCCCUGUACUCCACAUACCAUGAUCGUAUCAUGGCCUACAACUCUUUCGCCCAAGCCGUCAUACCGUACCAAAAGUACCUAUACUAUCCACUACUCUGCUUCGGACGCUUCAACCUCUACGUGCUUUCUCUGGAAUUCAUCUUCAUGGACAAGGGACCCAAGUCCAACAGAUGGCACCGAUUCUACGAGCUCUCCGGCCAAGUAUUCUUCUGGUUCUGGUUCGGCUACCUAAUCAUGUGGUGUUCCAUCCCAACCUGGACGCAGCGCUUCCUCUUCCUCAUGAUCUCACACAUGGUCACCAUGCCACUACACGUUCAAUUCACACUCUCCCACUUCGCCAUGUCGACCAUCACGCCUGGUCGCAACGAGCCAUGGGCUUUGCAACAGCUGCGCACGACUAUGGAUGUCGACUGCCCGGCUUGGCUGGACUGGAUGCACGGCGGUCUCCAGUUCCAGACUAUUCAUCACCUGUUCCCGACUUUGCCCCGACACAACCUGCGCCAGGCAAGCGAGGAGGUCAAGGUCUGGUCGAAGGAGGUGGGUGUUAAGUACGAGGUGUACGGGUUUGUGGAGUGCAAUGGCAAGGUUCUGAGUAGAUUAGAGGAGGUGGGACGACAGGCGCGAUUCAUGAAGGAAUGUCAGGAGCGGGUCUUGAAUGACGGGGAGUUCCUCCAUGGACACUGGGAAUGA